GGAUUUUAUGGACCCCACGAUGGACAAUACCAAGCACAUUUUGAAUUACCUGAUGCCCAUCAUCGACCAGGUGAACCCUGAGGUGCACGACUUCAUGCAGAGUGCGGAGGUGGGCACCAUCUUUGCCCUCAGCUGGCUGAUCACCUGGUUCGGGCACGUUCUGUCCGACUUCAGGCACGUCGUGCGAUUAUAUGACUUCUUCCUGGCUUGCCACCCGCUGAUGCCCAUUUAUUUUGCUGCUGUGAUCGUGCUGUACCGCGAGCAGGAAGUUCUGGACUGCGAAUGCGACAUGGCCUCGGUCCACCACCUCCUGUCCCAAAUCCCGCAGGACCUUCCUUACGAGACCCUGAUCAGCAGAGCUGGGGACCUUUUUGUCCAGUUCCCACCCUCCGAACUGGCCCGGGAGGCGGCGCAGCAGCAGGCUGACCGGUCUUGCUUCCUCAUGAAGAUCUUCCUCCCUGGCGGGGGGACAGACCAGAGGGCCAACCCCUUUGGCAAGCUGGCGGUGAUGGGGCUGACGGUGGCGCUGGGAGCAGCUGCCCUGGCCGUGGUGAGGAGCGCGCUGGAGUGGGCCCCCAAGUUUGAACUGCAGAUCUUCCCCUGA